AUGGCUUUCUUCAAACCAUUUUCACACCUCCAAGCACAAACUUUACCCUCACUUCUCAUUCACAUCUUUCUGUUGCUGUUAUUACUAAAAAAUGUUAAGUCAUUCUCCUUCAACAUCUCCAGUUUUAAUACCAAUACGAAGGAUUUAAACUUCCAAGGCGAUGCAUUUCCAUCAGGAGGAGUCAUCCAACUCACAAAGAAUCAAGUUGAUGAUUCCUUGACUGAGAGCGCUGGUCGAGCCACAUACUUUCAACCGGUGCGCCUUUGGGACUCCAGCACAGGGAGGCUCACUGACUUCACAACUCAUUUCUCCUUUGUCAUGAAAGCUCUCAACGACACACACUAUGGGGACGGCAUAUCUUUCUUCCUUGCACCAUUUGGAUCAGAGAUUCCCAACAAUUCAACUGGUGGAUACCUUGCACUAUUUAGCUCUGAGACUGCUUUAAACGCCUCCAAAAAUAACAUUGUUGCUGUUGAGUUUGACAGUCAUGAGAAUGAAUGGGAUCCAAACCCUGAUCAUGUAGGAAUCAAUGUCAAUUCCAUUGCCUCGGUAGCUAAUGUCUCAUGGAAAACUACCAUGAAAAAUGGAUCAGUAGCAAAUGCAUGGGUGACUUACAACUCCACCACCAGAAAUUUGAGUGUUUUCCUAACUUAUUCUGAAAAUCCAGUGUACAAUGUUGGAGAUUGUAGCGUCUCUUAUAUAGUAAAUUUGAAGGACGUGUUGCCAGAGCUAGUUAGUGUUGGUUUCUCUGCUGCCACAGGUUAUUGGGUUGAAAUACAUAACAUCCUGUCUUGGUCAUUUAGUUCAACCCUGGAGAUCAACAGUAAUAAGGAAGCGCAAAAAAAGUUAAGGUUGGGGAUUGGUUUAGGAGCGGGUUUCGGGCUUUUGAGUUGUGGAUUAGGCCUGUUAUGGUUCAUGUCUUGGAGGAAAAGGGUUGACAAGAUAGAUGAGGCAUAUGACAUGUCUAUGGAUGAUGAAUUUGACAAAGGAACAGGGCCCCGUAGGUUCACUUACCGCGAACUAAGUCGUGCAACAAAUAACUUUUCAGAGGGAGGGAAGCUUGGAGAGGGAGGAUUUGGAGGUGUCUACAAGGGCUUGUUAAGUGAAUCCAACACAGAAGUGGCUGUGAAGAGGGUGUCUAGAGGAUCAAAGCAGGGGAAAAAGGAGUAUGUAGCGGAAGUGAGGAUCAUCAGUCGAUUGAGGCACAGAAAUUUGGUUCAACUCAUUGGUUGGUGUCAUGAACAAAGCGAGUUCCUUCUCAUCUACGAAAUUAUGCCAAACGGAAGCCUUGAUUCCCAUCUGUUUGGAAUGAAACUUCACCUAACUUGGACACUAAGGUACAAAAUAGCCCUUGGUUUGGCCUCUGCCAUUUUGUAUCUUCAUGAGGAGUGGGAACAAUGUGUGGUGCAUAGAGAUAUCAAGUCAAGCAAUGUGAUGUUGGAUUCAAACUUCAAUGCCAAGCUAGGUGAUUUUGGGCUUGCAAGGCUUGUAGACCAUGAUUUGGGGUCACAAACAACUGUUUUGGCAGGAACCAUGGGGUACCUAGCCCCAGAGUGUGUGACAACUGGCAGGGCUAGCAAAGAGUCUGAUGUGUAUAGUUUUGGGGUGGUUGCCCUAGAAAUCGGUUGUGGAAGGAGGCCAGUUGAAGCAAAGGCAGAACCAAGCAGGGUAAGGCUGGUGGAGUGGGUUUGGGAUCUCUAUGGAAAAGACCAAAUACUUGAAGCUGCUGAUAAAAGAUUGUGUAGGGAUUUUGAUGAGCAGCAAAUAGAGUGCUUGAUGGCAGUUGGGUUAUGGUGCUGCCAUCCUGAUCCUACUGUUAGGCCGUCUAUUAGGCAAGUCAUAAACGUUCUCAAUUUUGAAGCUCCAAUGCCAAGCCUGCCAUCAAAGUUGCCAGUGCCAAUGUACUUUGCACCUCCACUGAGUAUGUGUAGGUUCUCCUACACAUCAUUUAACCUCACCGGAUCAUCGGUUAAAGAUGGAACGCAGUGUUCGUGUAGCAGCUGCACUACUUAUAAUUCAUCACAGUCAGCAGGUUCCUCAAAAGCUCUGUUGAAUUCACGCAAAGUCGAUGUGUAG